GUUCUCACAACAUCUUAAAAUUUGAUUUAGUCACAUUAAAGCAAAUACUACCUUAUUUCACCUCAUUCUGUCAGCUGAUAUCUAUCAAUAUAUAAUACAUGUAAGACUUUGGAGGCAGAUUUUCUCAAUCCAGUAUGCUUUCAUGAGAAAUAGACAAAUCAAUAAAGGCUGGUAGCUUGAUGUAAUACACCUGUGACUUUCAUGUCAAAUAAAUAGAUUACAGACAUUUAUUUAAAGCAGAAGACGACGUAAUCUUUCUGAUAUGAUGUCAAUCUAAAUAAGUCACAUUGGUAAUCAGAUGACUAAAGAGAUUGGUCGCUCCCUGUGUGUGUGCUCAUUACUGCUGCUAACCACACCACUUUGUGCGUUUCCACUGGUUAAUUCUGUGAGAUUUAUAAUCAUUUCACAUAUACACUCUGCAUACUGCUCACUUGUUUUUAUUUCUUUCGAUUUUGUACAACAAUUUUGUGCAGAGCUGAUAAUUCUAACCAGUUAUGUAAUGCUUAGCAUUAUUUAUGAUUGCUAUGAAACACUGAAAUUGUACAUGUCCCCUGUUUACAAGGAUAUCAGUGAUGAUGUUAUAUUAAUUACAGGUGCAGGGAAUGGAAUUGGUCGUGAAAUGUGUCUAGAAUUUGCUAAAUACAGUUCAAAUAUACUAGCUCUCGAUAUAGACGAAAAAGGUCUUCAGGAAACUGCUGUUUAUGUGAAAAGUGGAAGAGGUGUACAAAUUAAACCAUACCUAUGUGAUUUAAGUUCGCCAGCAGACAUCGAUCGUAUUGUCAAUGAAAUUCUACAAGAUUAUGGACGGGUUACAAUCUUGGUGAAUAAUGCUGCAAUUAUCAAUUUAUUGCCAUUGUUACAUCUUAGUGUAGACAAAUUUGAUAAAUGCUUCAAAGUCAAUUUUUAUGCAUACUUCUAUCUGAUCAAAGGAUUUCUACCAGGCAUGCUUGGCACGUCAGUAUCGUCAAACUGUUCAAAUCACACCAACAAUAGUCCUGCACGUGGUCAUAUUGUAUUUGUAUCCUCUGGUGGGGGAGUAUUACCAGUUCCUCGGUAUACAGAUUAUUGUGCAACUAAAGCAGCCGGUUUAUUGUUAUCGGAAAGUUUAGAAUUAGAAUUGAAAGAGAUGGGUGUUGCUGACCAAAUACACAUCACUCGUGUUAUACCGCAUAUUGUAAGAACGAAAUUAGCCGGACUUAUUACAGGAUCGAAAUCUCCAUUACUCCCACUGUUAGAACCAGAUGAAUGUGCCAGACAGAUUGUAGACGGUGUUCUUCAGAACAAGUCAGUUGUUUACAUUCCUCGUAUUGUUCGCCUAAUGGCUAUCUUAAAAAUUCUGUCACCGAACUAUGCAAUGUCUGCCACUAGAAAGUAUUUUCGACAAAAAAUACUUUUCUCGACCAAAGAAACAAAAUAGAAGCUUGUAGUCGGCAAGAAAAUAUUUAAAUUUUUCUUUUUAAAUCUUUUUUCUGCACGAUAUUGAUCGUUUUUUUAUUGAACACAGAUAUGUGUCACUACACGUAAUAUGACUAGAACUAACUGUCUUUAGCAAAAACUAUCUUUAUGAUAAUAUACAUAGUUAUAUCAGACGUGAGGUGAAAGCGUGUUACUCAGAGUUUGUAAAGGUUUAAAAUGAGUAAAUGAUCUGUGUUAUGAUGAAAUAAAUACUUUUCGU